AUGGCGCUCUUCUCCCACCUUACAUACUUACUCGCCCUCUCCCUCGCGGCUGCUUUGGUCGGCGCAAAACCAGCACCAGCACCCGAGCCGGCACUUAUAUCAGACCUUGUCGCGGGCGUCCAAACGCUGGUGGGGAACAUCGGGAAUGCGCCGCCCCCGAAGCUCUUCUGGACGCCAACUCCGUCUCCGCAGUGUGCCGCUAUCAACCAGGGACAGCUGCAAUGCUGCCGCGGCGCGCUUGCGGGAGAUCAGCCCCUGGUCGUGUUCCUUGCCGGAAUCUAUGGUUAUAAGCUGAACCCGAACGAUGUCAAUGGCAUAAUCUGCGAUGAUCAAUUAGCUCAAUGUCCCGGCGUCAAGCUUUGCUGUCAAAUUACAGCCUUGAAUCCGUUGUUAUCGCUGUACUGUCAGGACUACUGA